GCAGGGGCGGAGGAGGAGGAGGAGGAGGAAGAGCAGGAGGAGGAGGAAGAGGAAGAGGCGCUGCCCGGAGGGUCAGGGCGGGGAAGUCGCCGCCCGAAGAUGGCGGCCGCGGCGGGGCCACACGCCGGGGCUGCGGCGGAGGCGCGGUUCAUCAGCAGCGCCAAGGGAAAGGGCUUGUUCGCCACCAAAAACAUCCGCAAAGGGGAAACAGUCUUCGUGGAGAGGCCGGUGGUGGCAUCCCAGUUCCUGUGGAAUGCCCUGUACAACUACCGAGCCUGUGACCACUGCCUGCGGGCGCUGGAGACGGCGGAGGAGAACGCCCAGCGCCUGCUGGGGCAGAGCUCCCUGGUGCUGCCUCACCCGGAGCAGUGCAGCAUCCGCAAAGACCUGCACCAGCAGUGUCCCCGCUGCCAGGUGACAUACUGCAGUGCAGAAUGCAGGCAGGCAGCUCUGGAGCAGUACCACCAGGUCCUCUGCCUCGGCCCGUCCCGGGACGACCCCACGCACCCCCUCAACAAGCUGCAGGAGGCAUGGAGAAACAUGCAUUACCCUCCGGAGACCUCCAGCAUCAUGCUGAUGGCCAGGAUGGUCGCCACCAUCAAACAGGCUAAAGACAAGGAGUGGUGGAUCAAGGCCUUCUCCCAGUUCUGCAGCAAGACAGCAAAUGAAGAAGAGGAGAUUGUGCACAAGCUGCUGGGGGACAAAUUUAAGGGCCAGCUGGAGCUGCUGCGCCUGCUCUUCACCGAAGCCCUGUAUGACGAAUAUCUCAGCAGGUGGUUCACUCCAGAGGGCUUUCGAUCCCUCUUCGCCCUGGUGGGGACCAAUGGCCAAGGCAUAGGAACCAGCUCCCUGAGCCAGUGGGUGCACGCGUGUGAUGCGCUGGAUCUGCCCAUGCUGGAGCGGGAGGAGCUGGACGCCUUCAUCGACCAGCUCUACAAGGACAUUGAGAAGGAGUCGGGAGAGUUCCUCAACUGCGAGGGAUCAGGGCUCUAUGUGCUGCAGAGCUGCUGUAACCACAGCUGCAUCCCCAAUGCUGAGACAUCCUUCCCAGAAAACAACUUCCUCCUGCAUCUCACUGCUCUGGAGGACAUCGAAGCAGGAGAGGAAAUCUGCAUCAGUUACUUGGAUUGCUGUCAGAGGGAGCGGAGCAGACACAGCCGCAACAAGAUACUCAGGGAGAACUACUUGUUUACCUGCUCGUGUCCCAAGUGCCUCGCACAAGCCGACGACGCCGACGUGACGUCGGACGAGGAGGAGGAGGGCGAAGGAGAGACGGACGAUGCAGAGCUGGAGGAUGAGAUGACUGAUGUGUGAUCCUGGCCCCGGGCGAGAGGAGAGGGAAGGGAUGUGAUGG